AUGAGUUUGCUCGGUAGUGUUUCUGGCUUUGCUGCCUUUGGUGUUCUUGUCCGUUCAUAUGCUCUUGGCCUCCAAAAGCGUCCUGUCUUUUCUAACCCUAGCAGCCAUGCUUUAGCUGCUGCUGUUUUCGGUUCAGCUGGAUACUUCCUUUAUAACUUACAAGAAAGACAAACAGCUCUUAUUGCUUCCAAGAAGGAGGCUAUGGUCAAGAACAGAGCACGCGCAGAAGAAUUUGCAGCAACACAAUAA